GAAAAGGCCAUGGAUAUUCUGACAAGGAUGGAUUCUUCGUCCACCAGUGGUUUCUUGAAAGAAACUAUCAAAUACUUCACUUAUCAGGCACUGAACUCUGCCAUACUUCACAUCGUUGUCCCUCUCUCUCCUGUCCCAAUUCCUAUGCUUUUGGCUGAGUACUAGCAAACCUUUCUUUUUUCCAGACCUUGACUGGGCAUCGGAUGGGCCAGAGGUUAAACCAUUCCUCAAAUGGCAUGUCCGAGUCCCUGUUUGGUAAAGCAAAGUUAUAGUGGUGC